UUUUCAAAAGCAUAUUUAUUUAUUGAUAUGUUGCACGCAACUCAAGCGAUUUUUUGACUUUUUUAAUCGUUUGAAAUCCUUAGAAACAUUUAGAAGAGUUGUAUUUAGAUAGAAUUUAUGGUAGCAUAGAUAUGAGCACAUAUAGGUACAAGUGAAUCAACUUUUAAAUAAAAAGUGGAAAAACUAAUCAACAACAAGUUUCCUUUCCUUGCUUUAAGAUCAUUAUUUAAAUUAAAAGAAGCCACUAGUGUUUUAAAUUUUUUGGAAAUCACUCACACUAAUUUUGAAAUACCUGUCACUAAGCAUUUUAAUUGUGAAUUAUAUUUCCCCAUUUAAACAAAAAAAAUCUAAGUAUUCAUAUGGAAAAAAAGGGUAUAAUUGAUUGUCCAUAUGUCUAUAAAAUGCAGCUGGAUAUUAUAAGCUAUUGCUUAUGCAGGAAUUUUAACAAGAAAGAGUAAGGUAUUUUAUAUUUGUUGGUGUAAUAAAUAUUCUCAUCUCUUCAACUUAAAAUAUAUGUUCUCAUCUCUCACUAUUCUCAUUAAUUUUGUCAGUGUCAUUUAUAUUGAAGCAAAUUUUAGUAGAAUUCUGAAUUUCGUUUUUUUUUAUCCAGAGGAAAUUUAUCUCUCAUCCUUAAAAACCGAACUAAUUUUAUCAAAAACAGCUAUAUUUUUGGAUGAUGGUAUUACAUUCAUCUCUAAAUAAUGUUGCCGAUUACAGAGCUCUAUGACUGCUGGAAGCUAAAAGAAAUUUAAAAUCUAUUUUGAAACAAAUUUUGUCUUUAUUUCCAUUUUUUAAAUCUGGAUUUUGGAUUGAUAUUUUUUUCCAACCCAUAUUUGUAUCUUGAAGCUAUUAAUAUAUAUUUAAAUCAAAAUUAUCAUUACCGUGAAAUAUAUUCAAUGCUGUAAUCGCAACUUUCAGUGUUAAUAACAUAAAUAAAUGCUAUCAUUUAUUUUAAAGCAAGUAGUUUUUAUGGAUUAAAAUAAUUUCUGCAAAACAAAGCAAAUUCAUUUGCUAUUAACAACAAGGAGACCGAUACAGAAAAUGUGUCAUUAAAAUUCAUGCAAGUAUUUAAAAUUAAAAAGCAUUAAUAAUUGCGAACACUUAGAUAGUUUUCAGUGCUGUCUAUUCUAACAACUUAAGGUGAUUAAUCUUCAGUAAAUUUAUGUGGAACACGUCAAUCCACGCCAAAGAACAGUGGAAAUAUUUGAUCUCUAAACAUUACUUCAACAAAUAAUUAGACAAUGGGUUUCAGUAAUCACCAGCAACCAAUAAUUACAAGCCAUUACCAAUAAUUAACAGCAAAUGUUGCGAUGAAAAGUGCCCCGAUUAUGUACGGUGAAGGAGACUACAGCCCAAACACAAUCAUGAGCUCUGUAUCCUCCGAGCCUCAGCCACAAGGGACCGGACUUCCGAACAUUGUCCCAACCAACUCCAGCACGAUGUGUUCUAACGAGUACUGCGUUUCAGACGAGGACUACAUUGAAAUGAUCGAGGCCUACAUCUUCCCCAGUCCUUACGAGUGGCUCCUGAUCGCUCUGCACAUGACGGUGUUCUUCGUCGGCCUCAUAGGUAAUGCCUUAGUGUGCAUAUCCGUGUACAGAAACCACUCGAUGAGGACAGUGACCAACUAUUUUAUUGUAAACUUGGCUGUUGCGGACUUCCUGGUCAUUCUUUUCUGUCUGCCGCCCUCAGUACUCUGGGAUGUCACAGAGACCUGGUUCUUCGGGAGCCUCAUGUGCAAGUUGGUGCUCUACCUACAGAGUGUUUCUGUGUCCGUAUCGGUGCUGACUUUGACGUUCAUCUCCAUUGACCGGUGGUACGCCAUCUGCCAUCCCCUCAAGUUCAAGAGCACCGCCAGUCGAGCAAAGAAGGCCAUCAUCAUCAUCUGGGUGACGUCCCUGCUCCUGGUGCUGCCUGAUGCCCUCGUUAUGGACACCCGCCGCAGCUCCGCCCUCCGCGUGGAGACGCACUAUUUCACCGACUGCACCUACACCUGGAGCAACCACUACACCAAGAUCUACCAGCUGCUCAUCGUCUUCUUCCUCUACUUCUUCCCAUUCCUAUUCAUGUCUUUCUUCUACUACCAGAUCGUCAAGGUGCUCUGGAACCGAAACAUACCGGGCAGCGCGGAAGUCAAUUCCAGACAAAUCAGAACAGCCGUAGUGAAGAGCAGUGGGAAUGGAGCCAUUAGCCUGACCUCCGCAACCGCGACGUCGUCCUCGUCGUCUGCGGGCAUCGAGACCCAGAUCCGGAGUCGUCGGAAAGCAGCCAAGAUGAUCAUCUCAGUUGUAGUGCUCUUCGGUCUUUGCUACAUGCCCGUGCACCUCAUCAACACGCUCAGAUACACAACGGGACUGCCGCAGACGCAGCUGACUACAGUGGUUUCGCUCAUAUCUCACUGGCUGUGCUACGCAAACAGCGCCGUCAAUCCAAUCAUUUACAACUUUAUGAAUGGUAAGUUCCGGCGUGAAUUUCGCAAGUCCUUCUGCUACCUGUGCACGACGGAAGUUGAAACACCUACACCAACAGCCAUGACUCAGACUCUGAAAGGAGUCUAAAGCAAAUCCAGAAUAUGUCUCUUUUUGAAAAAUUGAUAUCUCAUAGAAAGGAUGUUUUAAGCUUUUCAGAGGAUCUUAAGACUGGUCAACUUGAAUUGAUGAAUCUGAAAUCUGUGCAACCAACAAAAGAGACUUUUCCUAGAAGCACUCACUAUGAGAGGUGCAUGCUUACCAGAACUUAUGAUUCAAAAGAAAGUCGCUUUAUUCUGCGAAAGUUUACAGUCGAGUGUCUGGAAACGUGAUGAGAAAAUUUUACAGCACGUUAUUAACUUUGAUUAUUUUUUUUGUGUAUUGAGCAUUUAUAAGGCCUGUUCUUUCAGGGCACAUUCGAUUUAUUUUUUUUUCAUCGAAAUGAAGACAAUUCAAGUAUAGAUGCUUUAAAAAAAUAGAACACUACUAGAGUUUUAAUCAUAUAAUACAAUUUCUUUUUUACUAAAUGACCACCGCCUACCUAAGAAAUAUUUUAAUAGAUGCAACUUAGAAAGUAACCUCCGUUAUUGAAAGGAUCUCCUCAUAUUGUUAUUAAAAAAUGGUAUGAAUCAAGAAAUGAUGGAUCCACUGUAAAUAAAAUCAUAGAAAAAUAUUAAGUAGUUUUGCGGAUCAGUUGUGUAGUAAUGCCUUUCAAAGAUGCAUUUUUGAUGUGUUUGACUUCGAAAUAUUCAUCAAGUCUUUCACUAUUCUUAUUUUAUCUUCCGAUGUAAUAAUUGUUAACAAUUUCAAUCACUAACAAUGAUGAGAGUAUCAGCUACGGCAUGGAAUAUGAUUAAUUUAUAUGAACUGCCUCUAGAAUACUCUAACGAUAAGAAAAUAGUUGUUUCAAACUACAUUCAUGUCCAUAAAUUAAGGAUAAUACAAGUUCAGGAAAAGAAAGAGUCAGAAUCAAAACAAAUGUGACUUAUAUGUAAAGCCUAUUUAUUAAACAAAAGGUAAAGAGUAAAAAAGAUGCUAUAUGUUUUAUAGUAUUAAUAAAAAGUGCGAUUUUUUGCUCCCUGGAUCAAAUUACAAAAACCCUAUAUACAAAAACCAAUAUUACAUGGUUGGUAUGAUGGAUAAUAAAUAGCAUGUCUCCCAUAAGAUGCAAUACAGUCCGUACAACGCCUAGACAGGCUACAAAAUUAUCGAUCUUAUUCUGGGGAAUAUUACACCACUCAUCAAGGAAUACUCUCCGAAGUUCCGGUAUACAUGUAGGAGAUGGUUGACGGGCUUCAACUCGUCGCCCAGCAUGUCCCACACAGGCUCUACUGGAUUCAAGUCCGGUGAAAAUGCUGGCCAGUACAUACGGGUGAUAUCCUCCGAUCGAAGGCAUUCGUUUACGAUGUUUGCACGGUGAGGACGGGUUUUGUCAUCCAUAAACACAAAUUCUGCGCCUAUGGCGCCAAAACAAACUUAUAUGUUGUUUCAGAAUGACGUCCCAAUAGAUUUGGCCCGUCAUGCUUCCAAUUUGAACAUGCAGGCCAGUUCAGGAACCCAGAACAAUUCCUCCCCAAACGAGCAAUCCUGCACCACCGUAACGGUGUCGUUCAGUGAUGUUCUUUUAAUGGUACGGGUACCUGGCGCUCUCCAUAUGAAAGUCCGGCGAGAACCAGACUGCAAGCUAAACUUGGACUCGUAGGUAAACAUUACAAGAGCCCACUGUUACGGUACCCAUAAUACAUGCUCACUACUCCAGGCUAACCUCAGGCGACAGUGAGUUGCAGUAAGUGGUACACAUCUGGCAGGCCAAAGAGCAUAUAGACCAAUCUACCCUGAGCGUCUGUACACGGUCUGCCUUGAAACUGUAAUACCAGUGACUGAAGAGAGCUGACGAGACAGGUCUAAUGCAGUGUUCCGUCUAUUUCUUUUGGCAGUAAUUGCCAAAUACCGGUCCUCAUUCGGCGUUGUAAUUCGUGGAUGACUUUUGCUGUAACGUCUACUCACAUUGCCAUAAUCUUGGAAUCGUUUCUAAAGCCUAGAGAUGAUACUCUGGGCGAUUCCAAAUUCUUCGGAUACUUCCAGUUGGGUACUCCCAUAUUCUAGACGGCCGAUAAUUCUACCACUUAAAACUGAUCCAAAUGUGUCCUUUGUUUCAAAAAUAUGCGGUUAUUGCACUGAAAGGGUUAUGAAGCGCUUGCGAACAAUUUUACUUCUUUGCCUGUAUUCCUUAUACAUCACUCUCUUACACUCUUGUCAUUGUGACGCUCUAUAGGUGUCAUCUGGUGGUUUCCUGCAAUUUGCAUAUGAUUUUAGAAGAUGUGUGUAGUCAUUUCACGGGUGAUAUUUGUAUUUUAUAGUUUGAUUUCCGCGUGACUCUGAAUUAUCCUUAAUUUAUUGACAGGAGUGUGUUUUAGAUGUAGUAGGUACCAUUAUUAAUUUUUGUCAUUGCUUUGAAAUACUGUUCAUAAGAAACUUUACAUACCAAAGUAUAUUUUAAAAACAAACCAAAAAGGGAUAAAAUAAUUUUUACCCUCAACGAUAAGAUAUGAAAAUUUUUUCGCCCUUUUCGGGUCUAGCCCAUAUGAAUUGAUGUACAAAGAUGAUUCGAAAUUACACGAAUUUGCGUUUUGGUUUCUGUAUAUAUUUCUUUUUAAUAACAUGUGCUUGUUAUUACUCAUUUUCAAUGCAUUCUAAUGGCCAGCAGUGGUUUUUAAACUUUUUCCUCUCAUCAGCACCUAUAGUAAACAGCACAUAUCACGCUUAAACGCUUCAUAAAAUCAAAUGUGAAUCAUAAUGAUAUUAUGUUUUUGAAUUUGUAACUUGCAUAUUGCUGCACAAACAUCAUGAAAUCUAUUUAUAUAUAAAAAAAGAAGAAUACGUUACCUGAAACACAGCAUGAAUUCAACGGAAAAAAUGCAUGCUUACGACUUGUAGUGAUUCAUGCUAUAUUGCAUGUUUAUUGCUUGUAGUGAUUCUAUAUUGCUAUAUUGCUUGUAGUGAUUCUAUAUUGCUAUAUUGCUUGUAGUGAUUCUAUAUUGCUAUAUUGCUUGUAGUGAGUCAUGCUAUAUUUAUACGUACAGUUUGGAGUCCCCUGUAAAAUAGCUACGCAGAAAAGAAGAACGAUUAUUAUGAGUCAAAUUGUACUCAUUCCCUUAUGUUCAGUCACAUACAAAACAAAGGGAGUUCGUGCUUAACCAUCAAGGAAACGGAAUCGUGCAUCAUCUAAAAACGUUUCAGAAUAAAAUAUUUGGAAUACAUAACUAGACAGUAUUUGAUAAAACAUAUUGUUUUUUGAAUCACUUGUUUCUGUUCAAUGCGUACACUGACAUCUGUGUCCAUGUGAAUGAUUUUUUUUAAAUAUCUUUGCAAUACUUAUUCAUAAUAUUAUAAAUGUUAAUCGUUUAAAGCAGUGCAAUUAAUGUACCACCCUGUCAGUGGACACAGCUAUCCAAAUAUCGCAAUCACUUGGUAAACGUUGCUGUGCAUGUCAUGUACUGCUAAUUGCAUUAUAGGUAUCAGAAUUUCACAUCUCUUUCUUAAAGCAGCCACAUUAUGCAAAAUUUAAUUGUUUUCUCCUCAUAUACUCAAA